AAAUAAACAUUUCUGUUUUUGCCACUUUUUGACAUAUAAAGGAGUCUGGGUACGCCUUACCUUUUGGAUGAUGGCUGUCUGUUGUAUCAUGGUUUACAACAUCCGAAUCCCAAGUUUCCUCCCAGAGUCACAAAAGCACACAUCAUCACAGUUACACACUGGGAUAUACAAAAACAACACGACGAACGCUGGUUCGGAUUUAUACAUCCAGCGGAGAUAUCGAGCAGAAUUAGAGUCGUAUUUGACUACCAAUAAAAGAAAACAGCCCCCCCAAAAAAAACCAGUCAAGAUGCCCGCAGCCGAGGUCAGAAGGCUCACAAAGCACCUGACGACGGCGGCGCAGCGGGACGUGGCCACCGAGGCCGACAAGAUGCGCCAGACGGCCAAGCACGCCGGCUGCAGCCGGCGCAACGACAAGUACACCUUUGGCUGCCGCUGCCGGGCGGAGCGCGGGCGUCUGCUCGGGGUCUGGGACGAGGCCGUCGCGAACGCGGCCGAACACCUACGGAGGCAGUGCAGGCGGCAGCUCAUGAAAUGGGAGCUUGCGGAGGUCAGGCUGCACAGGCGCCUCACCCGCAAGCAGAAGCGGGCCGGGCGGCAGCUCGUCUUUGCGCCCGGUGAUAUGGACACUGCUUUGGUUGCCGUCCGGGAGGCCAAGCUGAGGAUGCUGGCUGAUGAUUUGGAGUUGGAGCGGGCGGCGCCGAAGGAGGAUGCGUCAUCGCCCGGUGCUGAGGAGGUGGGCGAGGAGGAGUAGGGAUGGGAAAGGCUUUGUUUUUUUUCCUGGUUGGUCACUUGCUUUUUUACACUAUUUUGCCUGUGGUUAUAUGUUGGGUUUGGCUUGGGCGUCUGGCAAGUUAUGGGCAUCAGCAUUCUCGGCGUACAAGGGCAUCAUCAUGGUUAUGGGUCUUGGGUGUAUCAUUUGCAUUGGGAAUAGGGUUAUGGGUAUUGGGUUUAUCAUUUGCGUUGGGGAUAGGGUUAUGACAAAUGAAGUAUGGAUUAUGAAUCAUAUUUCUCAUUAGUAUCAUCUUUCUUCAAAGUGAAGAAC